CUUACCCCAGGGUCGAUCACCUUCCGAUCCUCAGCUGCAUUCUCCCUCACCCGGCGUCCCCGAAUCUCUGCUUCGCUUGCAAGUAAACUCCAAAUCACGAAACUACAUCAUACGUCACGAUCAUAACCGCCAGUGGCGCGAUCGGCGAUGUCGUUUCCGACGGCGGUGAGGGUGAUGCUUGCGGUGCAAGAGAAGAAGCCGUCCGCCGUCGACAUCUAUCGGCCGCUCCGGCAGUACAUCGUCACCGCCUACGGAGAGCUCGAGGCCCAGGCGGCGGAGGACGACCUCGACGCCGUCCGCCAGCUUCGCCUCGAUCUCGAGAAGCCCCCCGACGCCGCUGCGACCCCAGGCCUCCGACGAGAUCUGCUCCUCUCCUACUACCGCGCCCUCUCCGUCAUCGAGCCCCGCUUUCCUAUCUCUCCUGACCGCGCCCAUGUCCAUUCGCUGACCUUCACCUGGUUCGACGCCUUCAAGCCCAACAAGAAGGCCUCCCAGCAGUCGAUCCACCUCGAGAAGGCCGCCGUCCUCUUCAACCUUGGUGCCGUUAACAGCCAGAUCGCGCUUUCCGCUGAUCGAACUGAUGCUGCGGGCCUGAAGCACGCCUGCAAUGCCUUCCAGAGUGCCGCUGGGGCAUUCGCCUAUCUCAAGGAUCAUGCCGCGGGCAGGGCGAGCGCCGGCGGAGCCACUGUCGAUCUCUCCGUCGAAUGCGCUGCGAUGCUGGAGAAACUGAUGCUAGCGCAAGCGCAGGAGUGCUUUUUUGAAAAGGUCAUCGCAGACUCCAAGCCACCUGCCCUUUGCUCUAAGGUUGCUCGCCAGGUUGGCCUCUAUUAUGAGGAAACUUAUGCAACUUUAAAUUCUCCACUGCUUAACCAGCACUUAGAUCGUACAUGGAUCUCUCAUGUACAACUCAAGGCAGCUCAGUACUAUGCAGAAGCUUGCUAUAGAUGUUCGUUGGAUCUUCAUGAGAAGGAAGAGAUUGCUGAAGAGAUUUGUAGGCUCAAGAUUGGGAUUAAUGCUCUUGCUGAUGCAAAAAAAUCUAUAAGGGGUGUUCCCCAACCUUUGCUUGAUGCUGUCAACAAAUUAGAGACCAAUAUGAACCAGAACUUGGAGAGAGCUGUGAAGGAGAACAAUCGGGUUUAUUUGAUGAGGGUUCCUGAAGCGAGUUCCUUGGCUGCUUUACCUGCAGCCUCUCUUGUCAAACCUAUUUCGAUGGCUGAAGUAUUAGAUGCUAGCAAGGAGACAUUAUUCUCUAGGAUAGUUCCAGACAGCUGCACAAGGGUUCUUUCCAAGUACACUGAUAUGGUAGACAACAUUAUUCGGACACAGGCAGAAAAGUUGCAGCAAGGAAGUGAAAUAACUAGAGUUAAGCUUAAAGAGAUGGAUCUUCCUGAGUCUAUCUUAGCCUUGGAAGGUAACUUUAGUUUGCCUGUGGAACUUAAGGAAGAUGUUGAAGCAGUCCAGAUAAGCGGUGGCCCUUCUAGUCUGGAAGCUGAGCUACAACAACUCAGAGAUUUGACACGAGUUAAUCAGGAACUCUUGGUCCAGACUGAAGAGUUGCUGCAGAAGGAAGCAAAUGAGGAUGCACAAUUCCGAGCCCAAUUUGGAACAAAAUGGAGAAGACCUCAGUCAAGCACCUUGACAAAGAACCUGCAGGACAGAUUGAAUAAAUUCACUGCAAAUAUUAAGCAAGCUGCAGAUAGUGAUGCCAGGAUAGAACGGUCCAUAAGCGACAAUUUGGAACUGAUGGCAAUUCUUAACCGCAGACCGAUUGAAUCUGCAUUACCUAGUCUUGCAAGGCCUAUCAUGUCUUUGGAUGGCAAUGAAGAUGCUAUUGUGGGAGCACUUAAACAGAGCUUGAGGCAAUUGGAGAAUUUAGGCGCACAGAGGGCAGGUCUUGAAGACAUGUUAAAAGAGAUGAAGAGAAAGGAUGAUAUAUUACCAAAGUUGAUGUCAAGCACUGGAUCACAAGAAGAUCUCUUUAGGAAGGAGAUAUCCAAGUAUGAUCAGAUAUGUGGAGAAAUUGCUCAGAAUAUUGAGGCGCAGGAGCAAUUGUUGCUUCAAAUUCAGGCACAGAACGAAGAGUUUUCUGCUAUUUUCAAUCUGGAGGACUUCAAAGUUGCUCGUGAGAGGAGCUAUAAACAGAUUGCUGCUGCAGUAGCAAAAUAUAGAGAAAUCAAGGAGAACACUAAUGAAGGGCUGAAGUUUUAUGUGACUCUUCAGGAUGCAAUAACAAAUAUAAAGCAGCAAUGCAGUGACUUUGCGAUGACCAGAAGCAUUCAGUGUCGGGAAAUGAUCGAGGAUGUGCAGAGGCAGUUACCCGGACUCAACUUCAAAGCUGAUGGGAGGACUGGUUAUAGUUAUCCUUCAGCUGAUCAAGCCAGUAUGCAGAGGAAUGCUUCUCAACAAUCGGAACAACAGAGCGCUUCACAACAUCCUCAGGCAGCCUUCCAUAACCCACCAGGGGAGCAGCCCGGAUACUCUCAUCCCCACCCUGCUUAUGCCACGGCCCAGCAGGCCCCUUACCCGGCUCCAACUGCUCAAUAUCAGGACUUGCAACGGCCGCUGAGCCAUCAGUACGGGCAACCAGCAUAUCCAGGAUGGCAUGGAUCGUACUACAAUGCACAUCAACAGCCACAAGGUUCACAACCUCCACCUCCAUAUAUGAUGCAAUCUCCUUAUCCUCCCCCACCUCACCAGGGAAGCUAUUAUAGACCUCAAUGAAGUAUCGAGCUGAUCAGCAAAUGCAGCCCCAUUUUCUACUCCCCUCGCUGUUGCGAUCAGUUAUGUAUAGGUGGUAUACGAUAUGUCUCUUGUAGUACAGGAUGUAUUUUCCUUGAUUAGUAUGCAGAAACAUGUCCAGUUUGUUUUAUAUCAUCAUUCUAUUUGGAAUAAAUGGAGAACUCUGCAAAAUGAUGUGUGAGGAAUGUACUUAUAUCCGAGUUUUAACUUAAA